AUGCGACAACCAGCAGCACCGAUUCCCUCGCCCUUCCAAUCCUCCAUUGCGAAGCCAGGCCAAGGCAAAGUCGUUCUCUCGCUCCUCCCACCAGCAAACCCAACCUUUACAACCCUCACCUAUAAAUAUCCAUUGAAGCUCGUCCCCCGAACAGGCGCCUUCGUUCCCAGCCCCGAAUCUUCCGCCCUCUCCGACUCAUGCCCCUCACAUCCGGUACAUCUCUACCUUCUCACCUAUGGAGGCGGCCUGCUACCGGGCGAUCACAUCGAAGUAUCCAUCACGCUAGAACCCAAGACCCGAAUGGUCGUCACAACCCCGCAGGGGAGCACGAAAAUCUUCAAAACAGACACAAACAGUAGCGCAAAUAGCCCCAAUGUCAUCAAGGGUCACCGCAAGCAAAUGCCCGCAAACCCGAGUAUCUCUGAUAUGAGCCAGCAAUCCCUCGAUGUGAACAUUGGCCGUCAAGCAGCCCUCUGCUACCUGCCCGACCCCUCAGUCCCCUUCCAAAACAGCCGCUAUGCCCAAAUCCAGACAUUCACGGUCGACGCCACGGCAAAGGGCAACCAGAGGAGUAGUCUCUGUGUCCUCGACUGGGUAACGCAAGGCCGGACAUCCCGCGGCGAAAACUGGAACUUCCGCUUCUGGCGCGGCCGCAACGAAGUCUGGGCCGCAGACGAGAAAACAGGCAAGAGCAGGCUCUUACUCCGGGACUCGGUUAUUCUCGACGACGAAUCCGAGGAUACAAGUGAUGAGGACGAGUCCGAAGAUGAAGUCGAGCACACGAAUGUCAAUAUCCACAACGGCAUUGACAAUCAUUCCAACUCCACUUCCAAUCCCACCGCCACUCGCCCUCAACAAUACCAAAGUGGACUCAAAGCCAUGAAUAUCAUCGCCGAACGGACUCGGCCUCAUGGGGUUGUUGGCACGUUGAUCCUCUCCGGUCCGGUCUUUGAGGCGCUGGGCUCGUAUCUCAUGCACGAAUUCCAGACGCAGCCGCGCAUUGGUAGUCGCAAUUGGUCUGAUCAUUCCUCUGCUGUGCCUGAACCGUCGGUGAGUCAUCAUGGCGAUGUGACGUGGACGGCAGCGCGGGUGCGGGCUGGAUUCGUGCUUGUGAAGUUCGGUGCCAAGGACUUUGAGACAGCUAAGCAUUGGCUUGGUGGGCUGAUUCGGGAGGAAGGAAGUGUUGUUCGUGAAUUCGGCGAGGAAGCGCUGUUUUGUCUGUGA